AUGAACUCGAUACAUUUCGAGUUUAUCAGGCCAGCCGGGCGAACCUUCUUCUCGCCUGGUGACAUUGUAGCGGGGAAUUGUCGAGUGGAACUUAACCAUAAUAUUGCACAACAAACCGCAAGAAUCGACGUAGUUCUCAGUGGCCGUUCAGAGAUACGACUCUUCCAGAGACAGCUGAACUCUGCAAGCGUACGGCUCUCAUACCCCGGUAACAGCGUUACUCGGCUCCUCGAGGAGCAUAAAACGAUCUGCACAUGGAGUCCAGGCCAGUAUGCCACGACUGGACACUACGUGCUUCCGUUCCAAUUCAUGUUCCCGAGCCGUCAUAAAUUUGCGCCAACGAGCAACUGCCUUCCUCCGUCAACAACACAUUGCGGUCAAACAAGCCAGUGGUCGGGUGUUACAAGAGUAGUAUAUGAGGUCGAGGCACAGGUAUUUUCAUGGCAAGGCUACUGCUUGCGUAGGGAGGCUUCUGAGAUUACGGUUUCGCCGUUCAGCUGGUAUCCCUUACCUGAGGCAGGGUUGUAUAAUGUGACUAGACACGCAGAGAUUGAGAGCCACCACCUGGACAAGCCCUAUAUGGAAAGCGAUUCGUUGAAGAAGGCUAUGAAACGGUUGACUUUCACCAAGACGCCCAUCGUUCAUAUGGAUAUAACGAUCCAAAUGCCCUCCCACGCGACUCUGGGCAGUUCGCUUCCGCUUCUGAUAGGAGUUGAGUAUGACUUCCAAAGAUCGACGACUUCAGAGCUGCCGCCAGUGUGGCUCACUGACCUUGCUAUUCGGAUACGCGAGAACAUGGAAAUCAGCCAAGACUUGACCAAUCGGCAAGACCCGAACUCUGUUGUCACACGGGAAACAGACCCGUAUGUUAAAUUCCACACGAACCUUAAAGAUUUUCCGGUCCGCAUUACCGAGCAAGUUGACUUGAGAAGGGUCUUACCGCCAGAUACCUUGAUUCUCAAGUCGAGCUCGUUCACCAGUACCAUGCUCCGCAGAUUUUAUGAUGAUAUAUCAGUGACUGCCACCAUAAUGUGUGCGCAGAAGUCCCUUCAGCUCGAAUUUACCGGUAAAGGGGAACUUUACAUUCAUCCCUCUAGUCAGCCAUCGAUGGUUCAAGAGCUUGCUGUACCUGCUACUGACAUUCUGCUUGUGUCGGAGCUUAUGGGGUCUGGUAUUCUGACCCCUAGGAUUGAACUUCCUGGUGGCGGCAGGGUCAACGCCAAGGAAGCUCCACCAGCUGAAUUGCCUUUUAACUUACCUCCUGGUGGUCUCGUGCCAUCGAGGUCGCUCGCAGAAUUGCCCUAA